AAAUAAAUCCCUAAAUGUCAAAAAUAAUGGAUUCCUGUUUUUUGUGCAUGUUUUGCUGAUAAUAACUUAUCAAUCGUUAACUAAAUAAAUAUAAUAUGUAUUAAUAAUAUCAAAACAUAGUAAAGAUUUAAAUGAACGAUUAAAAACGACAGUGAGAAUUUACCGUUUGACGUCGCCAUAUAAGCGUUUGAAAGCUAAAAUGGUGGCAUUGAAAUGUUAGAAAUCCUACAAAUGUUUUUGUUUUUAUUUAAGUCUAAGUAUCGUCGAAAAUGUUGUCUGGCGUGGAUCCUUUCGUGCUAUGUAAUUGUCAUUUUUGGUUGUGGUUGUACUCAGGCCGAGGCAAAGUGCCACGAUUCCUCUAGCUGUGGAGGUAAUGGGGUAUGCAAGAACGAUACAACAUGUGUCUGUUACGAUGGUUGGCAAGGCCCCCAGUGUCAGUUUUGCGGAGGUAAAGUGAGGCUGGGGGCCCAAUCUGGCAUAAUACACGACGGCCUAGGAAACUAUUCAAUUGGAGUUAAAUGUAGCUGGUUAAUAGAUGCGCCGAACUCUUCGAUAACUUUACAUAUUGAAGAAUUCGCGACGGAGUGUGGUUGGGAUCAUUUAUACGUGUUCGACGGCGACAGCGUCGAUUCGCCGCUCCUGGCGGUUUUUAGUGGGCUAAUGUACAAAAAUAAAUAUAGCAUACGAAAGAUUCCGGAGGUGAUCGCCCAUACAGGUUCAGCUUUACUUCACUUCUUUAGUGACGAUGCCUAUAACAUGUCCGGUUUUAAUAUAUCGUACAGACUGAACGCGUGCCCCUCGAAGGUUUCCGGGGUGGAUUGUUCCGGCAACGGAAUUUGUAUAGACGGUGUGUGUACGUGCGACGGUAAAUGGGACGGGAUAGCGUGCCAUUUAUUGAAAUGCCCGAAUAAUUGCUGGAGAAAUGACAGUAGGGGACGGUGCGAGCCGGAGAAGGGAUGUAUUUGUGAUAAGUCUUGGAGAGGCGAAGAUUGUGGGCAGUUGGCAUCUCAAGGGUACUGGGAAACUGUAACUCCUCAAGGUUACACGCCUCCUGGGUCGGCAUCACAUGGUGCUGCAGUUUGGAGGGAUUCGAUGUAUGUGGUUGCCGGAGAAAUUUAUAAUAGAGGACCUAUGUUGAAUGUGUAUGAUUUUAACGGUAAUGUCUGGGAGUCGCCGCAUAUAAUCGAAGGGCCAGUUUCGCUGACGCGCCGCUAUGCGCAUUCCACUGUUUUAUAUGGAGACAAACUCUUUGUGUAUGGUGGCGUGGUUGGAAACAAAGGACCGACAUCCGAACUUUGGGCGUUUGACAUUAGCGCCAAAACGUGGGAGAAUAUUACGGUAAAGGCUGAAUCGUGUAACGGCAGUUUCCUUCUUUGCGGCCCUUUAAGAUCUGCCGGGCAUACGAGCACCGUGGUGACGAAUCUCAAUAACAAAAAGGCGGAUAAAAUGGUCGUUAUAUUUGGGCAUUCGCCUAGUCUGGGAUAUUUAAAUACCGUCCAGGAGUAUUAUUUCGGCACGAGAGAGUGGCACAUUGUCAGUACACGGGGAUACCCCGUGAAGGGCGGCUACGGUCAUACUGCCAGUUGGGAUAAACUUACCGGGAAAAUUUACGUGUACGGCGGAAUUGUUUCCGAAAGUGAAUCGACCCAGCUACUGAGCCGCCAUCUAUAUUCGUACGACGCAGACACGCGCAUUUGGACGUUACUCACUGAUGCGCCCACAGCUCGUUUUUUGCAUACUGCAACGUUUAUAUCUCCAGGAUUAAUGUUAGUGUUUGGGGGGAAUACACACAAUGACACUUCGCACAGCUUUGGAGCAAAGUGUUACAGUUCCGAGGUACUCACGUACGAUGUGGAAUGCGACAGUUGGCAAACUUUGAAUGUAACAUCAGAAUUGCAAUCUGAUUUGGCUAGAUUUGGCCAUUCGGCUGUAAUAUUCGAAUCCGCCUUAUAUAUUUAUGGAGGUUUCGAUGGUCAAAUGCUUUCCGACAUGUUGAAGUAUACCGCCGGCUCAUGUUCUCAUUUAACUAAAUCAACCGCAUGUCUUAAUGCUCGAAUUGGUGUAAAAUGUGUUUGGGAUCACAAGAACAGUAAGUGCGUUCAUAUUCAAGACAUUCCACGAACUUUAUUGUCAGAUGGAGACGGUGUCAUCAGCAAAUGUCCAGAGGAGGCUAGAUCGUUUAAAGCGCAGAGCGAGAUACAGAAGGUGGACAAAUGUGAAAAGUCCGAUAACUGCGCCGGUUGCGUGCAAACCACCAACAAAUGUAUUUGGUUCGAAAACGGAGUUUGCACUUUCAAGAAAUGCCGCGAAAAUUGCGCCGAACGGGAGAUUACUAGUCUGGAUCAGUGCCCUGUUGAUCCUGCGCCCACUUGCAAACAACUGCACACUUGCACGGCAUGUAGUUCGCAAUUGUCAUGCAGAUGGAAGUACGAAAAUGCCAAGUGUACAAUAUUUCCGACAUUGGUUAACACUACAACUGAACCUUCCGAACCGAUACAGUGCCCUAAGGUUUGUGCAGAAUAUACCUCUUGCUUAAAUUGCACGCAAGAGGAAUGCAUUUGGUGCCAAAAUGAAGGAAGAUGUAUUGAUAAAAAUGCAUAUACUGCAAGCUUUCCAUAUGGACAGUGUAGGGAGUGGACCACUGUUAGUACUAAAUGUAGAAGUAAAGGGGAAGAAAAAUCACAAUGCAGUUUUUAUUCAACAUGCGCGCAAUGUAGGGAUGAUCCAGCAUGUGGUUGGUGCGAUGAUGGUUCCAAAACAGGAUUGGGAAAAUGUAUGCCUGGAGGAUAUGCAGGUCCAACACUGCACACACGCUCUCUACCAUCGAGCACAUGCCCUUCGGAAAGGUGGCAUUUUACGACUUGCCCUGCAUGUCAGUGUAAUGGACAUGCCAGUUGUCGAGCCAACACCAGCACUUGUCUGCCAUGUCGCAACUUAACGAUGGGGCCCCAUUGUGAAAGAUGCGUGCCCGGCUAUUGGGGAAAUCCAGUAAACGGUGGAAAAUGCCAACCGUGCGAGUGCAACGGGCAAGCCACACAAUGCCAUUCGGAAUCUGGUAAAUGUUAUUGUACAACGAAAGGUUUAGCAGGUGACCACUGCGAAAAAUGCGAUGCCACCAACCAUUACCACGGAGAUCCGGCAAAUAAAGGCUCUUGUUACUAUGAUUUAACAAUUGACUAUCAAUUUACCUUUAACUUAUCGAAGAAGGAAGAUCGCCACUACACGCAAAUCAACUUUAGAAAUUCGCCAAUUAAACCAGACAUCGACGCCGAUUUUCAAAUUACGUGUUCGGUUAUGGCCAAAAUGAAUAUUACGAUGCGGCGAGCUAACUCAAAAGAAGAAAAACCGAUAUAUACAAAUCACAAUUGCACUACAUUCAAAUCGAGAUUUACAAAAUCCGAAUACAGCUUCGGUAUCGAAGAUAAUGCAACAUUAACUACAUUUUAUGUGUACGUUUAUGACUUUCAACCACCCUUAUGGAUUCAGAUAUCGUUCUCGCAGUAUCCCAAAUUGAACUUACAGCAGUUUUUCAUCACAUUCUCCACCUGCUUCUUGCUACUGUUGCUGGUAGCAGCUAUUUUAUGGAAAAUAAAGCAAAGGUACGAUAUGUACAGAAGAAGACAGAGACUCAUGGUCGAAAUGGAACAGAUGGCCUCGCGUCCAUUCUCGCAGGUUUUAGUGGAAUUAGAAAUGAAGCCAAAUUUAGAAUCGGAGAACGCAAUUUCCAUAUUAUCAGAUUCAAAGCGUAAGAAAAGAGAUGCCCCUAGUCCGAUCGCUCUAGAGCCUUGCUACGGUAACAGAGCGGCCGUUUUGAGCUUGUUAGUCAGACUACCGACAGGCGGUGAGUCCUAUACGAUAAAGGGGCAAUCGGCUGGUCUGGCGAUAGCGAGUGCGCUAGUAACACUUGGAAAUCCAAGGAAAAUGAGCAUAGAUCAAGUGAAAGCCGAUACGAAAUCUGCAAAGUCGAGGAAAUCUCAAAGUCAACAUCCGGAUAGCUGCGUAUAGUUUAUAUUUAUUCCUAAAGAUUUUAGGUGGUGAUAUUUUUUUUAAUUUAAAUCUCAUUCAGUACUGAUACCACUGCUUUAAUGUUGUAUAUUUUUCGUUUUUAGAAACUUGUUGAGAUCGUAUGAUCAAGUCCAUGUAAGGGGUAAUUGUCCAAAGACAUAAAACUUUAAUAUACAGAUGACUAUGUUCACAUUAAAAUUUAUAAUCUGCCACUAUUAGCAAUUUAUUUACUAAACUUUAUUUUCUUAACUUAUUGGACUGUUCGUGGUAGAUGUUAUAGGUAUAAUAUGCAAUUAAUAAUUGCCAAAAAAAGAUAUAGUCAUUAAAAUUGUUUUUGAAUAAUUAUGUAUUCUUCUCUAAGACACAUAGUUUUAUAAAGUUUUUUGUAUUUAGGCAUAAAUAUGUGAUAACGGUUUUUCUAAUGAAAGGAAGACCAAAUGUAUAAUUUAAAAAAUAUGAUUUUUUAUUUGUGCAAUUGUAUAUAAUUUGUUGCGGUGAAAAUACGAUAUGCAGAUGAAUUUACUUAAGCGAAAGUAUCAAAAAGAAAUUUUAGUUUGCUUUGAAUAUGAAUACUCCACAUAAUUAUACUCUUUCCAUUUUACAAUUAUUUAAAUGGGUUUGCGUGGUGUACGAAUGUUGGUAUGAGUGAUAUGUAGUGUGCUUCGUUAAUAAGGGAUUAUUUAUUUUUUUCUACACAGAUUUUGUAUCUAUGAAUGUGUUGUUUCCUUCUUUCUAACCGUUGUAUUGGUUUUGUUUGGUCGAAAAGCUGUACUGAAUAUUGUCUGAAUUUUAUGACCAAACAUUGUAAUGAAGACUUAAAACUUUGUUUUCACCAUUUAACAUUGUACUUGUUCGGUAGUGGGGUAGUUUUUUUUACUGGUACUGAUUUGAGUCACUAGUCUAUAGGCAGAAUAUAAUGUGCGAUCCAGAUCUCAUGCUAUUAUAAGUUGAAAUUUUUGACAGUUUACUUUUUUAAAAUGCCGUUCCUUUAAUCUCAAUUGUGUAAUAAAUUUUGAAAAAUC